CCUCCCCCCAUUGUUUCGGUGGUCUGGGCUGUAUGUAGUCUCAUUGUCCGCGUGGCGCGUCAUUUAUCAUCUGCAGUUUUGGCUCUCGGUCCUCGGUCUGUCCGUUCGUCUUGAUUCUUUCGUUCGUUUCCCCGUCGCGCCGCCACCGCUGCUGCUGCUUGGUGUUUUGUCGUCGUCGAUCCUCUCCACCAUCACCACCACCACCAACGCCGCCGCCAGAGACGGGGGGGAGGGGCCAGCUUUUCUACAUCGACGAACCAAACCUCCAAACGACCGGAACGCUUGUACGACUGAUUGACCACGCACGCACGACACACGCGCACGCGCGCGACUGCGACUGCGACUGUGACACGCCCACGCCUCCUCCUCGCUCUCCUUCCCGGCCGUCAGCCAGUUUCGCCCUGACUCGCCCAAGACGAAGGGGGAAAACAGGGCCGCCGCCGCGCCCUUCACUCAGACACACGCCCCAGCCUUGCCCGCCUGCCGUGGGCUUGCGCUUGCUCGUCAUGAUGCUGCCAUUGUCGUCGUCGUUGUCGUCGUCGUCGUCGUCCUCCUUCAAUACCAUUGCCCUCCUCGCGCUGGCCGCCGUCGUCUCGACCGUUUCUGCCGGCACCGUUUCCGUGCCGUGGGUGCGCCGCGCGCACGACGACAUCCCCUCGUCCCUCACGCGGCGCGGUGACGGCUCCAUCGGCCUCGAGGCCCUCAACAACAUCACCGCUGGCGGCUACUACGCCGAGUUCUCCGUCGGCACCCCGCCUCAGCAGCUCAGCUUCCUGCUUGACACGGGGAGUAGUGACACAUGGGUCAAUUCCAUCGCCGCCGACCUAUGCAACGACAAGGACAGGCAACAGCAGCAGCAGCAAUGGUGCCAAACUCAGUUCAACCCCAACGCCAGCUCGACCAUGAAGACUGUCCAGAAGAGCGGCUUCAACAUCACCUACCUCGACCACCGCAACAUCCAGGGCGACUACUUCAACGACACGCUCACCAUCCACGGCAAGCAGAUCAAGGACCAGCAGCUCGGCCUCGCCCUCCGCUCUGUCCGCCCCACGGGCAUCAUGGGUCUCGGCUACAGCGCAACUGUCGCCUCCAACAGGACGUACCCAACCGUCGUCGACAACAUGGUCGCCCAGGGCCUCAUCGACGCCGCCGUCUUUAGCUUGUACCUGAACGAUGCCGACGCCAAAUCCGGCACCAUCCUCUUCGGCGGCGUCGACUCGGAAAAGUACUACGGCAGGCUCGCCACCCUACCCCUCACCAACGGCGUGGUAAACGAUGCAUCCGAGGCCACACCGUACUACGCCGUUGCGCUCCGGGGCCUGAGCAUCGACGGCGUCAAGCUCCCAGACUUCCAGGGCGUCGCCAUCCUCGACUCCGGGUCGUCGCUCACCCUCCUGCCCAACCCCCUCAUCAAGGACAUCCACGACAAGUUCGGCGUCGUCUCCAUCGACCAGAUCCCCGUCCCGCUCGUCGACUGCGCCUACCGCGGCGACAAGGGCAAGGGUAUCCGCUUCAGCUUCAAGUUCGACAACAAGACGAUCCGCGUCCCCGCCGACGAGAUUGUCCUCGACUACUUCCCCGCCGACGCCCAGAAGAUCCUCAAGGGCGACGCCCUCAAGUCCCUCUUCGGCACCUGGAAGGCGGUCUGCGUCUUCGGCAUCGCCUCGGCCAACGACUACGGCAUCAAGUCGGAGACGUGGGCCCUCCUCGGCGACCCCUUCCUGCGCUCCGCCUACGUCGUCUACGACAUGACCAACAGGCAGGUCGGCCUCGCCCAGGCCAAUGUCAACAACAACAAGUCCAACGUCAUCGAGAUCAGCAAGGGCGCAAAGACCCUCCCGGACGUGGCUGGUGUCGCGGAGCCGUCUGCCGCCGGCCAGCUCAGCCCUCGCCAUGGCGUCGCCACCGCCGGGCUCCUCGUGGCCGUCGCCGCCAUAAUUUCGACUCUGUAAACAUAUUUCUUGUUACUUUUUCUCUCUCUCCUUUUUCCGCAUUGCAUAUUGGUUGGGAUGACGACACAGACAUUGCACAAAAGCAAGCAGCGUGAAAUAGACGACAGGACCUUAUUUUGGCGUGGCUCUACGGCCAUAGACGAUACCAUCCAGACACCCUCGUUACGGGAGCAAGAAAGCAAGCAUUGUACACUUAUAGGGAGGCAUUGAAUAGAAGUCUA